AUGACGCAAAUCUCCUUCGCCGCAGAGCGAGCGGAGCGCGGGUCUAGAGUCUUCGCGUUUCCUCACGGAUUUUGGUGCCCGUGGGGCCCGUGAGCUUACACCAUGAAGGAAACGCCACUCUCAAACUGCGAGCGCCGCUUCCUACUCCGUGCCAUUGAAGAGAAGAAGCGGCUGGAUGGCAGACAGACCUACGAUUAUAGGAACAUAAGGAUCUCGUUUGGGACAGAUUAUGGGUGCUGUAUUGUGGAACUUGGGAAAACAAGAGUUCUUGGACAGGUUUCCUGUGAACUUGUUGCUCCAAAACUCAAUAGAGCAACAGAAGGUAUUCUUUUUUGUAACCUUGAGCUCUCUCAGAUGGCUGCCCCGGCUUUUGAACCUGGCAGGCAGUCCGAUCUUUUGGUGAAGUUGAAUCGACUCUUGGAAAGAUGUCUAAGAAAUUCGAAGUGUAUGGAUACUGAGUCUCUCUGUGUUGUUGCUGGUGAAAAGGUUUGGCAAAUACGUGUUGACCUACAUUUAUUAAAUCAUGAUGGAAAUAUUAUUGAUGCUGCGAGCAUUGCUGCAAUUGUGGCUUUAUGUCACUUCCGAAGACCUGAUGUGUCUGUCCAAGGAGAUGAAGUAACUCUGUAUACACCAGAAGAACGUGAUCCUGUGCCACUGAGCAUCCACCACAUGCCCAUUUGUGUCAGUUUUGCCUUCUUCCAGCAAGGAAUGUAUUUAUUGGUGGAUCCCACUGAACGAGAAGAACGAGUAAUGGAUGGCUUGCUGGUGAUUGCCAUGAACAAGCAUCGAGAGAUUUGUACCAUCCAGUCCAGUGGUGGGAUAAUGCUACUAAAAGAUCAAGUUUUGAGAUGCAGUAAAAUAGCUGGUGUGAAAGUAGCAGAAAUUACAGAGCUAAUACAGAAAGCCUUGGAGAAUGACCAGAGAGUUAGGAAAGAAGGUGGAAAAUUUGGCUUUGCAGAGUCUAUACCAAAUCAGAGGAUCACAGCAUUUAAAAUGGAAAAGGCCCCUGUUGAUACCUCGGAUGUGGAGGAGAAAGCAGAAGAAAUCAUUGCUGAAGCUGAACCUCCUUCAGAAGUUGUUUCUAAACCUGUGCUAUGGACUCCUGGAACUGCCCAAAUUGGAGAGGGAAUAGAAAACUCUUGGGGUGAUCUUGAAGACUCUGAGAAGGAAGAUGAGGACGAAGGUGGCAGUGAUGAAGCUGUCAUUCUUGAUAGUAUGAAAAUGGACACUGGAAUAGAAGUUUCUGAUACUGGAAGCCAAGAUGCCCCUAUAGUACUCUCAGACAGUGAAGAAGAAGAAAUGGUCAUUUUAGAACCAGACAAGAAAACAAAGAAAAUAAGAACACAGACCACCAUUGGGAAACAAGAAAAAGCACCAAGUAAAAAGCCAAUGAAAAAGAGAAAAAAGAAGAGAGCUGCUAAUUAAAGCUAACAUAGUUGUAUAUUUGUAUAUAUAACUAUUAGAUGUAUUUAUUCAGUGCUAACAACCUGGGUAUCAUUUAUUCACAAAUCCCUAAGUUUUAUUUUUUUAACAUUAAAGUGAAUGUUCUAGAGCUUUUUCUCUGAAAAUUUUGUCAUCUCAAAGCCUUAUUCACCAACCUGUGUAUGUGUAAAGUGUAAAAAUUGAUGAGGAAUAAAAUAAUCUGAUAGGCUGCUGUGUGUGUACAAAGAAGAAUGAUUUUCAUCGUACUGGUAAAUAAGCACAGAUUUAUUGUGCAGAAAUCGGCAGACUGAUCCAGUUGCUUAGGAAAAUGGAUAUUAGAACAUUGAGGGUCUGUUUUCCUAAAGUCAACUUUUUAGAGAGUGGCUUUCCACUCCCCACUGUACUGUAUAAGCCAGGUAACUUUUCUAAGAAAUCUUGAAGUCAGGUUUUUAUCUCAAAUUAAAUUUGACUUAUAAAAUUUUCCAAAUCAAUUUAUUAAUUCUUAAUAUCCUGACAGCUGGCAUCAUUAAUACUUUUAACAAAACCACUUAAAAUUAGCCAAAUAUCUGAUAGAUACAUGUACAAAAGAUAUACAAAUUAAAACCAUUUAAAAAGUAAUAGAUACCAUAAUUUGUUCUUGUCCAUAACUUCUGUAUUCAGAAAUGAUUGUAACAUUCAAAACCCAAGAUAAAAACUGUACACAAUAUACUUUGAGUGAUUUACAUCUUAGAAACAAAUGCAGUCUUUCACUGUUAGACAUUUAGUGUCUCUGGUGGGUUGAGGAGGGAAACACCAUGAUACCUGUAAAUAGAAAAAGAUCCAGUUUUAGUAAACGUUCACUGGGUGAAGGAAAUCAUGGAAUGCAUGUACUGGGAACUAAAGACUGCUAUUUCUCUUGGAUUGAAUGGUGAUUUUAGAAUCCUGUCUGAUCCCCAAAAUGUAAAUGCAUGUCCCCUUCCUCCACUCCCUCCUCCCCUCCCCAGAUGUACAGCAGGCAACAUUAACUACAACUGCCUCCAAGCAUACAACCAGUUAUGAGACCAGCUUCUUACAGGGGCUGUGACAGAAUGGUAGAUUCUUUAAUAAAAUUAAAAUGUGAAAGAUUUCUUUAAUAUGCAAAUUAA